UAAUAUGGUGUGUGACGGACCGGCACUAACACUCACUCGCUGAGACGCUGCCGACUUGCCAGCAAGGUUUCUGCGCAAAUAUUUUUGUAAUCAGUUGAGACAGUUCAGUUUACUACGACAGUAACUGUGUGGUGCGGUGCGUGUUUACAUUGAUGGUCGAGGUCGUGGUUGCUUCGAGGUGUUAUUGUGUGUUGUCAGAUUAAUAAGUUAUUUUAAAUAUGGUGGCAGCAAAUGGAAUCGAAAGUCAAAAGCAUCUUAAUGGACCAGAUCAAGUUUUACCGGCGGAUGACUUCAUAAAUUGGCAACCAGGAGGUCGUGUAAAAUUAAGAAUUGGUUCAAGAGGGACGUCUGCAGAACCACCUAUAUCUGUGCCCGGGUUGCUCAGCCGCACGGUGGCGCGGUACCCGGACGUACCCGCGCUGUACACAAAACGAAAUGGAAAAUGGGAAAGCAUCACAUACAGGCAAUACAAAGAUCAAGUUCGCACCGUCGCCAAGGCGUUCAUAAAGUUAGGUCUCGAACGAUACCACUCCGUGUGUAUCCUGGGAUUUAACUCGGUGGAGUGGUAUGUUUCUGAUUUGGCCGCAAUCCACGCGGGUGGGUACGCCGCGGGGAUAUACACAACUAACUCGGCGGAGGCGUGCUUCCAUUGCUUGGCAACGUCGCGCGCUAACAUUUGUGUUGUGCAGGAUAAAAAACAAUUGGACAAAAUACUAUCGAUCAGGAGUCGCUUGAGUGAUUUAAAGGCUAUUAUACAAUGGGAAGGAGACGUGGAUACCUCAGUACCUGGAGUUUACAGUUGGCAACAGAUGAUGGACAUUGGGGCAAAGGAGUCUGACACUCACCUGGAUCACAUCCUGAAGACAAUAUGCAUCAACGAAUGCUGCACGCUUGUUUAUACAUCCGGUACGGUGGGCCAACCAAAAGCUGUGAUGCUGACACACGACAACCUCACGUGGGACGCGUACUCCACGGCGCUGCGCGUGGGCCAUAUCACGCCCGGCGCCGAGGCCCUGGUCACCUACCUGCCGCUGAGCCACGUGGCUGCACAGAUCUUGGACCUCUACAUGACGCUGGCCAACGGAGUCGCAGUGUACUUCGCGCAGCCGGACGCGCUGAAGGGCAGCUUGUUGGAAACACUCAAAGAAGUCCGACCCACGCGGUUUAUGGGCGUGCCAAGAGUAUGGGAGAAGAUGUACGAGAAGAUCAUGGCCGUGGGAGCAUCCAGAGGAUCGUUGACGCGGUUCAUAGCCGCCUGGGCUAAGGAUAAGGGUACCAAACACCAUUUAGCCAGGAUCAAUGGGAUGAACGGCACAACAUGCGGGUUUAAGAUGGCCAAGUCACUAGUACUGAACAAAGUUCGAGAGUCGCUGGGUUUCGACCGGUGCCUGUUAUUUGUGACCGCGGCUGCCCCUCUCUCGCCUGAAAUCAAGAAGUUCUUCCUCUCCCUGGACAUCCCUAUCAUGGAUGCCUUUGGUAUGAGUGAAGCAUCGGGUGCGCAUUCCCUAAGCGCAUAUCCAAAGUUCAGGCUGGAUUCAGUAGGUGAACUGUUGGAGGGAACAGAAACUAAAUUUGAUGGAGCAGAAAGCGUUAAUGGUCCUGGAGAGAUAAUGGUCCGAGGGCGGCAUGUCUUCAUGGGUUAUCUAAAUGAGGAAGAAAAGACGAGAGCCACGAUAGACUCCGAAGGCUGGUUACACACUGGUGACGUGGGCAGGGUAGAUAGCGAGAAUCUGCUCUACAUCACCGGAAGAAUUAAGGAACUGCUGAUAACAGCUGGCGGCGAGAACAUCGCCCCCGUCUUGAUCGAGCAGGCGGUGCAGGCCGAGCUGCCUCAAGUCGGGUACGCGGUGCUCAUCGGUGACAAGAGGAAGUUCCUCUCCAUAUUACUGACCUUGAAGGCUAAGGUGGAUCCGAAGACGGGAGACGCUCUGGACGACUUGGAGGCCGAGACCAUGAAAUGGGUAGCUGGGCUGGGCAGUAAGGCUGAGACCAUCAGUGAAAUUGUUAAGAGCAACGAUCUUGCGAUUCACAAGGCAAUAGAAGACGGCAUUGCUAGAGCCAAUAGGAAGGCAAUAUCAAAUGCUCAAAAAAUACAAAAAUUCGCCAUUCUGCCUGCCGACUUCUCUAUGAACAGCGGAGAGCUGGGACCAACACUGAAGAUUAAGAGGAACGUCGUCUACGAUAAGUACAAAGACAUAAUAGAGAAGUUCUACGAAUGAUAUGAUUUCAAAUUGGGUUUUACUGCAACGACUCGAUAGGAAAUAUUAUCUAGCGGACAUUGGUUGGGUGCUUGUAUACUAUGAACACUUGUAAAUAAUACUUUUAUAAUUAAAUUAAUAAUAAGACAA